AGACAAAAGGUAUAGAAAAGAUCCGGGAUUUGCCCCAAUUCGUUGAGACAUUAGGUUUUGUUUCUUCACCAAUUCGCUAUCUUUUAUAAACCAUUCUGUUCGAUUCAACCUUUUCUUCCUCCUCGAAUCACCUCCGCCAUGGAUUCUCGUCUUCCGUUUCUCCUCCUCACCAUAGCUGUCUCAUCAUGCUUUCCCUCUGGGUUCGCUUCAUCAUCGUCGUCGGUUUGCAAUCACGAAUUCGAGCUUUUCCGGUUCGAUUUAGACUCCAAAUGCUCUCCUUCUAUGUAUCCAGCUCCUCCUAUCGAGUUAGAUGGAGACUCACUGGACAGGUUAAUGGCUUUGAAUCAUGAUGGAAAUGCUUAUGUGUCUGUGCUCUUCUAUGCUUCCUGGUGCCCCUUCUCACGUGCUCUGCGCCCUAAGUUUGAUAUGUUGAGUUCCAUGUUCCCUCAGAUACAGCACCUAGCUGUGGAUCAUUCUCAAGCACUACCAUCUGUCUUUUCAAGGUAUGGUAUCCAUAGCCUACCUUCAAUCCUGAUGGUUAAUCAAACUUCAAAAGCGCGGUACCAUGGUAGAAAGGAUCUUACAUCCUUGAUUGAGUUUUAUGAGGAAUCAACAGGUCUCAAACCUGUUCAGUACGUGGCUGAAGCGGAACCAACAGCCAGCUUAGACGCUGGAGAUGGUAAUCUGAUCACAUGGUUACGCAAAGGGACAUCUAUAAGCGAAAUAUUCAAGGGAGAUCCAUUCUUGGUGCUGUCUCUGCUGUUUAUCUGUUUACAAAUGGCAAUCCAUGUCUUCCCCAUGGCAGAACCGCGUUUAAGAGCGUUGUGGGCUUCUUAUGUUCCCAAUCUUAACCUGGAAAGAUUUGGAGAGGUAAGCCAAGUGUUCAGCCGCGCUCUUCACAUGGUGGACGUGAGGAGGCUGUGGUUGAAACUAACGCUCGUCAAAACAAGGAGCUUCAGUGAGAGGGCAAAGAAUGCUCAAGCAUGGGCUUCGUCGCUAGCAUCUGUCUCUCUAGGCCAGACUUCAUCAAGCCAGUCCUCUUGAUCCUAAGGGUGAAAAAAUCGAAUCCCUUUAAACAUCCUUGUAGUAUCUUGUGAGGGAAGAGAUAUAAGCAUUUAGUGAGUUCUGGAACUCUGAGUUUGUUUCUCUGUAUGCGUCAAAGCAUGUAAAUCCAGGAACUGCUUUUGCUUAUGUUUGUGAAUAUUGAGAUGUCUGUUUUUGACCUCAUUUCUUUUACUGAAUAAUCUUCAGGGUUACUUUGAGUUGUAAUGUUUUUGUAUUGCCUUUGAGAGUGUGAUCCAGCUCAAUUGCUGUGUCAUUUUUCUUACCUUUCUACAUUGAUCUCUUAUUAUUUUCCUUUUUCUUUCAAGUGGAGAUUCAUGAGUUUUGGAACUUAAAAAGACUAUAAUGAGCUAUGUAACAGAUGUAUUAGUGCCUGA